AUGGUUGUGAAAAGAUAUGAACCCGUGGAACCUGUGGACAAUGAUUUCCGUAUUUUGGGAGAUGAGUUGAAAUUCAAGACCUCCGGGAAGGUGGCCAAGAACAGGUUCUUGAAGGUAAAUGAAGAUUUUGAUUAUGAGCCCGUUUUACAUGUGUGUUCGACUAAAUAUUUUUUAAUUUUCAACCUCUUAAGUCCGCCCUGUCCGAAUCCUUAGCGACAUGGGAUGCGGGCGAUCUUACUGCCAGUGGAAUCCCCACAGAACGCCUGAUCAACAUGUAUGACAAGUGGGGCCACGGAGAUUUUGGCGUUGUUAUGACUGGAAAUCUUCAAGUUAACCCCACUCACUUGGAAAGUGCCGGAAAUAUGUUCAUCUGCAAGGAAAGUUGGACUGAAGAAAAGACAAGGAAAUUUCGGUAGGGCUAUGUCGAGUAUAUGUUUUAACCAAAAAGAAAGCCGGGUUGUGAAUGAAAAUUGAGUGCUCCAACUAAUGGAACUUUGACUGUCGGCAUAUAUUCAAAUUUUUUUAGCCACCUUGCCAAUGUCAUCAAGCAUGACAAAACCCUGGCUAUUGCUCAAAUCAGUCAUGCUGGACGCCAGACGCCGAUAACCCUCAACAAACAUCCAUUCUCUGCGUCAGAUGUUCACCUAAAAUUCAAAGCUCACAAUUACGUUGAUAAUUUGAGUAUUGUGACCGAAUAUGCCAAGCCAACCCCAUACUCACUCGAACAGAUUCAAAGCGAAGUCAUUCAUCGCUUUGUUUUUACUGCUGAAAAACUUUAUGAAUGUGGAUUUGAUGGAGUUCAGCUGCAUGGAGCUCAUGGGUACUUGUUGGCUCAAUUCUUGGCACCGGAUACAAAUUUGAGAACCGAUAAAUACGGCGGUAGUGGGGAGAAAAGAGCGCAGAUUUUAGUUGACAUUUAUAAUGCUAUACGGUAAUGGUGAUAAAAGUUAUGACAGUCGUGAAAUUGUCACAGUAAUGAAUAUUUCGUAAAUUUCAGGCUAAAAAUCCCAGCAAGCACUGGAUUCAUUGUUGGAGUCAAAAUGAAUUCUGUUGAAUUCCAAGCAAAUGGCCUUGGCGUGGAAGAUGCAAUCACAACUGCAAAGAUUCUAGAUGUAAGUUGAAGCAUUGUACAAGAUGAGAUUUUUUGCAAAUUUGUUUAGAAUAUUGGCAUGGAUUUUAUCGAAUUCUCCGGUGGGAAUUACGAAGAUUUUGUUUGGACAAUCAACGACCCAACAUUGAAGAAGGAGUCAACAUUGAAACGAGAGGCGUUUUUCGUUCAGUUUGUCAAGGCGAUCAAACCACAUAUAAAGCAGGCAAUAGUCUACAUAACUGGAGGAUUUCGAACAUCGUCUGCCAUGGUUCAGACUGUGAAAUCAGGAGUGGCCGAGGGAAUUGGUUUGGGAAGACCUGCCGCUGCUGAGCCAGGUAAGUCCAAGAUUGCUUUUUUUGGCUAUGCCUAUCUUCCAAGAUCUCCCUCUCAAGCUCAUAAGCGGUAAUGUCACCGGUGCUGAGUUCUCACCAUAUCAAGUUGGAGAAAAUUUUUUCAUUUGCAUGACUCAAAUGGUUCAAGCGGGAGAACGGGCGUUUAGUGAGUGCAAUGGUGAUGUUUGUCGCGAUAUCAUGGACCACAGCAACGAAGAAGAGAUGAAUUACUUUUUCCCUGAGCUUUGGAAAUUCUACAAGGAUCGAAUGCACGCGUUUCUAAAUGGAAUCCCCGUGAAAGGAUGCUGUCUUUACAAGCCAAAGUUUGGAAAUAAUGAGGGAUAA